AUGAAUCUUUCUUCGAAUACCGACCUCGACAAGAUGGCAGGAUCUACCCCUGACCUUCAAGGCUCUAUUCAACGCUCUGAAGAUCAAGAAACCUUAUCAAUUGUUGGCAAUAUCCCUGAAACUAAACGUUGCCUCUCGCAAGACCUCACAGACGUCAAGUUGUUGGCGAGACAAUUAAGUCAACACUCCCAGCAGUCUGGGGAUUACCCAAAUCCUUUCAACUCGAAUGACCCGGAGCUAGAUCCCACCUCGCAUCUCUUCCGACCAGAGAAAUGGGUGAGAGGAAUUCUGGGACUCACACGGGAUGAGAAGACUCAUCUGACCCGAAAAGCCGGAUUCACCCUCAGAAAUUUGAAUGUCUCAGGCUCGAGGACUGCAUCAAACACUCAAAGUACUGUGGGGGAUCUACUGUAUGCUUUGUUUGACCUGACUGCCAAUUUUAUUGGUAAUCGUCACCAGCGUGUGCAAAUACUACACAAUAUUGAUGCUUUGAUUCACCCUGGCGAGCUUCUUAUGGUUCUUGGCCCUCCUGGUGCGGGUUGUAGUACACUACUCAAAACAAUUGCUGGCGAAACUCAUGGUAUCACCAUCGACAAGGGCUCUGAGUUCAAUUACCAUGGUAUCAGCUUCAAAGACAUGCAUACACGAUUCAUGGGUGAAUCGAUCUAUACUGCUGAGCAAGAUGUUCAUCUGCCAAUGUUGACAGUCGGAAAAACCCUCGAAUUCGCUGCUCUAGCAAGAGCGCCCAGAAAUAUUCCAGGAAAUGAGGACCGUAGAUUCUAUGCAAAGAAACUUUGCGAUGUGAUCAUGGCAGUCUUCGGUAUCCGACACACAGUAAACACACGAGUCGGAGAUGAAUACGUUCGAGGGGUCAGCGGUGGCGAGAGAAAGCGUGUGAGUAUUGCCGAAGCUGCUUUGAGUGGCUCGCCUCUGCAGUGCUGGGACAACAGUACCCGUGGAUUGGACAGUGCAAAUGCCAUUGAGUUCUGUAAGACGCUGCGACUCAGUGCGGACAUCUUACAAACAGCCGCAGUUGUGGCGAUUUAUCAAUCACCUCAAGCUGCUUAUGAUCUUUUUGAUAAAGUUUUGAUCCUGUAUCAAGGGAGACAGAUAUUUUUUGGACCUGUCACAGAGGCUAAGAGCUACUUCGAGACAAUCGGAUUCGAAUGUCCUGAGCGACAAACAACGCCCGAUUUCCUCACAUCCAUGACUAGUCCUGGUGAGCGUCGUGUUCGAAGGGGCUUUGAAAAUAAAGUCCCACGAACACCAGAGGACUUUGCAAGAGCUUGGACAGAAAGUGGAACACGAAACAAGCUUGUGGAGGAAAUUGGGCAAUACAAUAGUCGCCACAUAAUCCAUGGGCCUGACUUCGAGGCGUUUCAAAAGUCUCGAGACCUCCAGCAAGCUAGAUCCCAACGCCAAAAGUCCCCCUAUACACUCUCUUACUGGCAACAAAUUGUGAUCUGUCUUCGAAGGGGAUAUAGCCGAGUUAUUGCAGACCCAACCCUAUUGAUCGCUUCAGUCAUCAGCAAUAUUGCUAUUGUACUGAUCGUUAGCAGUAUCUUUUUCAAGAUGCCUAUGACUACGUCUUCCUUUUACUCCAGGGGCGCUCUUCUGUUCUUUGCAAUCAUUAUUAAUGCGUUCAGCAGCCAGUUAGAAAUCUUGACUCUUUAUGCACAGCGGCCCGUCGUCGAAAAACAUGCCCGCUAUGCUCUUUACCACCCUUCUGCCGAGGCACUUGCUUCAAUGUUGACAGAUCUCCCAAUAAAGAUCAUCAACCUUAUUUGCUUCAAUCUGAUACUAUACUGGAUGACUGGGUUGAAAGAAGAAGCGGGAGCAUUUUUCUUCUUCCUCUUCACUUCGUUCAUGAUGGUGAUGGUCAUGUCGAGCUUGUUCCGGACCAUUGCCUCCAUAUCACGAACAUUGGCCCAGGCUCUUGCACCAGUCACCAUCUUCGUGCUGGCUCUGGUAAUAUACUCUGGUUUUGUAAUUCCGACAGAGUACAUGCAUGGGUGGGCACGCUGGAUUAAUUAUGUUGAUCCCAUUGCUUAUGGAUUGGAAGCGUUGAUGAUCAAUGAGUUCCAUGAGCGCAAUUAUGCUUGUUCAAAUUAUGUGCCACGAGGACCUGGCUACGAUGAGAGCCCAACAACACGGGUUUGCUCCUCAGUGGGUUCUGUUGCUGGCCAAAUUUUGGUUAAUGGAGAUGCCUAUAUCGAAGGCUCAUUUGAUUUCCAUCACUCACACAAAUGGCGGAACAUUGGAAUCAUGUUCGGGUUCUGGGCAUUUUUCACCUUUACAUAUGUCCUUGCAACUGAUCUCAUCUCUGAAAGGAAAUCAAGAGGAGAAAUAGCUAUUUUUCCUCGAGGAAAGACCCCAAAUCAUGGGCAGGUGACUGUGAGUGACUUUGAAAAUGGUAACGAAAAGGUUCUAGUCAGUGAAAGUUCCAAUUCUGAAUCAAGAGACGUGCCAUCUGGAAUCGUGAAGCAGACUGCGAUCUUUCAAUGGCAGGAUGUCUGCUACGAUCUCAAGAUCAAGGAUGAGAAUCGACGUAUUUUGGAUCACGUUGAUGGGUGGGUACAGCCAGGCACUUUGACAGCUCUCAUGGGAGUGUCUGGAGCUGGGAAGACUACACUCCUCGAUGUUUUGGCCAGUCGCAGAACUAUAGGCGUAAUAAGUGGACGAAUUCUGGUCGACGGACAAAAAAGAGACAGCUCUUUUCAACGAAAGACCGGAUAUGCACAGCAGCUGGACCUGCAUCUGGAGACUUCGACUGUCCGAGAGGCUCUGAAUUUUAGUGCAAGUCUUCGUCAGCCGCGAUGCAUUUCACCUUUAGAGAAGAGGAGAUAUGUUGAGGAUGUAAUUCAGCUAUUAGAGAUGGAUGAAUAUGCAGACGCCGUGGUGGGAGUUCCGGGUGAAGGACUGAACGUCGAGCAAAGGAAAAGGCUCACAAUUGGCGUUGAGCUUGCUGCCAAGCCCGAGCUUCUCUUAUUUCUCGAUGAGCCAACAUCGGGUCUUGACUCUCAAACCUCAUGGUCAAUUUUGAUGUUGCUACAAAAGUUAAAGAGCAACGGUCAAGCAAUUCUCUGUACCAUCCAUCAGCCAUCGGCAAUACUCUUACAACAAUUUGACCGACUUCUUCUUCUUGAUAAUGGUGGAAGAACGGUCUACUUUGGACCAAUGGGACCGUCAGCUUCAACUCUGCUGACAUACUUUGAGAAAAAUGGUGGCUAUCCCUGCCCAGCCGAUGCAAAUCCUGCUGAAUACAUGCUCGAGGUUAUCGGUGCUGCACCGGGAUCUCGUACAGAGAUCAAUUGGCCUGCUGUAUGGAGACAGUCACCAGAGAUAGAGGCAGUCCGUGUUCAACUUGAAGAAUGGAAGAGAGAUCGUCCCCAUCAAUCUGCGACACCAUCAACCCAAGAUCACCAUUCAUAUGCUGAAUUCGCAGCUUCUUUUCCAAAUCAAUUGAGGGAGACCCUAGUCCGUAUUUUUAAACAAUAUUGGCGGACUCCAAGUUAUAUUUAUUCUAAGAUCGGUCUUAUCGUCGCUACAGGUCUUUUCAUUGGGUUCUCCUUCUUCAAGGCGCCAAACACUCAACAAGGACUACAAAAUCAGAUGUUUGGUCUUUUCAUGCUUUCAACCACUUUCAAUCUCCUCGCUCAACAAAUUAUGCCCCAAUUUGUGACACAAAGAGCACUUUACGAAGCUCGAGAACGACCAGCAAAGACGUACUCAUGGGCAGCUUUCAUGUUAGCAAAUAUUCUUGUGGAAAUACCCUGGUCAUUACUAUGCUCAGUGUUGUUGUUCGUGACAUGGUAUUAUCCUAUUGGUCUCUAUCGUAACGCAGAGUUCACAGACACGGUCCAUGAGAAAGGAGCACUAGUCUGGCUCUUCAUCCUCACGUUUGUGUUGUUCUCUAGCACAUUCGCCCACCUUGCCAUUUCAGCCAUUGAGACCGCAGAGACUGCCGGAAACAUUGCAAAUCUAUGCUUUUCGCUGACAAUCUCGUUUUGUGGUGUACUAGCAGGCCCGAAAGCUUUCCCCCAUUUUUGGAUCUUCAUGUACCGUCUCUCGCCAUUCCACUAUCUCAUAUCAGGUCUGCUGUCUGCAUCUGUGGGAGGUGGACAUGUUGUGUGCUCCAAGCAAGAGUUCCUCCAUUUUGAUCCGCCCUCGAAUAGUACCUGUGGUGAUUACCUAGCGGGCUACAUCCACAUGGCUGGCGGAUACGUCGAAGUUCCCUCAGCUACCAGUGCUUGCUCCUUCUGUCCCAUUUCGGAGACCGACAAGUUUCUUACGGGGAUGUCAACAAGUCGAGAUGAUGAGUGGAUGAAUUUUGGACUCAUGUGGAUUUACAUUGUGUUCAACAUCAUUGGUGCCGUCUUUCUCUAUUGGGCAUUUCGGGUCCCAAGGAGGAUAGAGAUCCAUGAGACGGUUACUGCAGAUGAGAGGGAAAAUCUAGCAAGAUCAUGA